UGUAUAUAAAACGCGGAGUGGUCCCACGAGACUGCAAGCAGUUCAACGAUGUCGGGCAAGUACAGCUGCGUUCUACUGGCGGCCGCCCUUCUGGCCACGGCAAACGGCAGGGGCACCACGAUCAGCUUCUUGCCAGCUGACAUCCACCAGCCUGAGGGUGUUCACUACUUCGCGGGAAUACCGUGGAUGAUGAUACCAGGCGACGAAGGAGUGUCCCAUCUCGCCAUCUUCGCCGAAACGUCACCGCCGGUCACCAGAGACGCCAGAGACAUAGCUGAUGAUGUAAUAUUCAAUCUGUACACGAACUCAAGAGGCGCCUCCACACCGUAUACACUGCGGGUCAAUGACACCGAAAACCUGCGGAAAUCCGGAUUUGAUCCCACGAUCCCAACGAAAAUACUGGUCCAUGGCUUCGCAGGUGACGGCGACAGUGCAAACAUUAUUAACAGCAAAGAUGCCUACCUGGCCAAGGGAAAUUACAACAUCAUUGGCGUGGACUGGUCCGUCCUGUGUCCAUCCCCCAACUACAUCGCUGCUGCUCGGAACGCUGUUUUGACAGGAGAACUGACAGCGCAACUGGUGGAGUUCCUCGUGGCAGAGGCGGGCGCCCGGCUGCAGGAUGUCCACAUCAUAGGCCACAGCUUGGGCGCCCAGGUCGCGGGUUUCGCAGGCAACAGCACCAUUACGGGCAAGGUUGCCAGGAUUACAGGUCUGGACGCGGCCUACCCGUUGUUCGGCAAUGCGGAACCUGCUGGUCGCUUGGACGCUGGCGACGCUAUCCUGGUGGACACUAUCCAUACAUGCGGUGGCUCUGUAGGCUUCAGGGAGCCCUACGGUCACGUGGACUUUUUCCCGAACGGUGGGGACAGCCCGCAACCAGGAUGCGACGGUGAGAUCACGGGCGAGUGCAGCCACUCGAGGUCCCACCAGUACUUCACGCAGUCGAUCAGAGUGGAGGACGCGUACCCGGCGGUGCUAUGUCAGAGUCUCGAAGAGGCGGAGUCUGAGACCUGCGCGGGCCCGGCAAAAGCAAGAAUGGGAGACGCCAUAGAGUUUGAGGAGCACGGGCUGUACUACGUGCCUGUCACUAACAUGAAGGAAUUCAAUGUGCUACAACACUGAAUAGUACCAAGAAAGUUAUCUGAGAAGUUCGAGUAUAAAACCACAAGCCAGACAUAAUCAGAGUUGUAUCAUACCUUUAGAAUAUAUAAUAAAAUAUUUGUAACAGUAUUAAUGGCUUCUUCAGAUAGAAACACUGAACCACUCAUGUAUUUUGGACACAAAACACAGAUGUAUAUAGGAACAAUUGAAAGAAUGUCGUGGCUGAUCCAUAAAAUCGCUGAAAUCUUGUUUCAUGCAACCACAAAAGUAAUAAAUAUUGCAGCCAAACUAAGAGAAACCAAAGCUGGAGGCAACAAAUUCCUCUAAAGUGUUAGUAACCACCUUCGACACUACAUGCUGCACAACCCCCAUACUGCUAUAAAACUUUAAACCUCAAGCCUUCAAAUGAUUAAUAUUUAAACAAUAUUAAAAUAGUUCAAAAUGUGACAGAGGAAGGAGGCCUGGAUGUGUGUAAAAACGUGCCAGAUAUCCAAUGAAGCACAUUGCAGAGGCACACAAGAUGGACCUGAAACCAUAUUUGAAGGGCCAAAAAAUGAACGGGAAUUUCAGUUAGUCAAAUUCAGGGAAUAGAUCUUCGGCUUUUCAGUGUGUCAUCAACUACCAACUGCAGUGGUUACACAGCAUCAAAUAAUAUCAAAGGAUGGUUGUGUUCAGAAAAGCUGAAUGGACUCAGAGAUGAUCAUGAUGAUUCAUUUCAAGGUACCUCUUUUUAUAUUUUCCUGGAGGGACUAAGAAAAAUCACAAAAGAACUUGAGUCAAGUUAGUACAUAUCCUGUCAAGAUUCAAACCAGGUGCCUCCUAAGUGCAAGUCCAAAUCACUAACACAUGAGCCAACUUCUUCAGUAUAACUUACUGUUACUGGUAUGUGAUGUUUUAAUAUUAACUAUGACUUAAUGUUUAAUAAAUGAAAUACACCUUGUGUCUUCAAAUCUCAAUGUGUGUGUGUGCGCAUGCAUGUGUCAUUUCAUCUGCUAAGAAUGCGCAGACUUAAUUUAGUUAUGAGCAAUGAAUUUGGAACUUUAUCUCACUGCAUUGAAAAUGAAUACAAUUAUGAGCUUAUGAAACAUUGGUAUAUAGAAGCAAAGUAACCGAACGGCCAAAGAAAACAAAAACAAAGUUCACACUGGCUGACUCCAAGACUGUUCACACAGUGUUGUUCAAGAAUUGAUGUUUAUUUCUGCAUCAAAAA